AUGGAGCUUCCCAGUUACAGCAAACAGCUGCUGCAGCAGCUGGACACUCUCUGCAAAGACCAGCAGUUCUGUGAUUGCACCAUCUCCAUUGGCAAUGCCCAUUUCAGAGCACACAAGGUGGUUUUGGCUGCUGCCAGCCUGCUUUUUAAAUCCUUGUUGGACAGCACAGACACCACCUCCAUCAAUGCUUCUGUGGUCACCCCUGAGGAGUUUGCACUUGUGCUGGAGAUGAUGUACAGUGGCAAACUCCCACUGGGGAAACACCAUUUCACCAAAGUAAUCUCAGUGGCAGAUAGUCUGCAGAUGUUUGAUGUGGCUGUUAGUUGUAAAAACUUUCUCAGGGACCUCAUCAGUUGUCCAGCUCAGGACCAGGUAGUGAGAAAAGUCUCUGGCCACGCAACAGACUCAUUUGGAAGUCAUGUUGAAGCUAAUAACCUGCCCCUGUCUGAAACACCUGCUGAAGGAAAAACAGAUAUCCUCUUCCCUCAGAGAGUUUCUCCUUCUCCUGCCACGGUAGAAGCAGAAAUAGGAGGAGAUGGGCCUCCUUCUGGCCAGGAGCUUACUACAAAUCAUACCUGGUUUCAGCAGGAUGUGACAGCAAGUGACUCCAGGUCCCUCCAGGAAGAUUCAGGCUCUUGCCUUGAUCAGGCUGCCUGUGCCAAGCAGGGGGGCUGUGCAGAAGAGGAGCUUGCUAAACCUCUGGAGGAGAAAGGACCAGCAAGGGAUUGAGCAGCAGAGAGCAAACCCUGUAAUCUGGAUUUCUUUCUUCAAUCUGAAAGUGUUUUCUCUGAGGCCCUUUCUGAUGCCCAGGCUGUGCUGAAAAGACUAGGAGAGGGCAGAGAAAUGGAUGCUUCUCCGAAGGAGGCUCUGCUUGUCUGUCUGGCAGAGGUGGGGGAACAGUCGGUGGUCCAGAAGCUGCUGAGCAAAGUGAAGGAUGCUCAGACCCUGGGUGCUCAGACCCUCCUGUCUUUCCUGAAGCUGUUUCAAGAUGCAAAUCACAAGCUGAGAUUGGCUUUGCUGGAGAGGGAACGGGGCAGCAGAGAAGCCCUGCAGCAAACAGAGAACACAGACGAGGGAGAGAUGCUGACCUCUCGCUUGCUGGGACACAGGGAGGAGCUGCUGCAGAGUGUGACACAGCUGAGCCCCAUCCUGGAGUUCUCGGAGGCAGCAGAAGAGGGAUUUCUGCCCGCCGCGGGGAAGCGGGUGGUUUUGGAUUGCUGUGAAGGCAGCUCUCUGAGAGCAGCCAUGGACAAUCUGCUCAGGAAGGUGGAUGAAGAGAAAACCCUGAAAGCAGAAAGUUUGGUCAAACUUCUGGGGGCUGUGAAAGCAUCAUUCCCUGGUCUCCAGCUUCUGCUAGACAACUUGGUGGCAACAGGAAAUGUCUCUGUUGCCAAAGCCAAGUGGAGCCCAGAGGAUUCUGGAGCCAAACUGUUGAAAUGAUACAGAGAAAACUUAGUGAAGCUUCUCACAGACACUGAGACUCUGCUGGAGGGCAUCUCUGCUGCACAGAGCCUGGCUCCUGCUGAGACAGAGGUGAGCAGUCUCCCACGUGUGUGCAAGAUGCAGGGCUGAUGGAUGAGCUCCCUUGUUGGUGCCUCGCUGAAGGUCUUCCCAAGGUGAGGGAGCAGGUUGUGAAGUGUGAGGGUGAUGGUGUUGCUUCUGGCUGCUCAGGAACCUGCACCACUGAACCUGCUCGUGGAGGAGAUCUGGAAAGAGCCUGGAGAGUUUUUCUUCCAAACAGUGGCCACCAGGGAGAGCUCAGCCAUUGAGAUCAUCCUGUGGCACAGCAAGCUGAUCUCAGAGGCCACCCAGCAGAGAGCAGACCUGGAGAGCUUGGCUCCAGGGGAGGCAGGACUCACAGAAGCAGUAAAACAGCUACUGAGUAGUUUGGCUCGGAACGAAAAUUCAGAGGCCUCCCUGAAAGCAGCUCUGAGUACAGCCCAGGAGAAGUCUGUCUCAGCCAUCAAGAUUUGUCAGCUGCUGUGCAAUGUCCACGAGUCCUUCCCAGACCUGCAGCCAGUGAUGCAGGAGCUGGGGCAGGUGGGUCUCUUGACUGAGGGAAUUGGAGAGAAAGCUGAGAUCAGGAAGUGGAAGGUGAGCAGUGAAUCCCAAGUUGAAGCUCUGGGCAAAGAUGAGGACAAGGCAGGAGCUGCUGGUGCCAAGGAAUUAAAGGAACUCGGAGAAAAAGAUUCUUCCAAGAAGAGUUUUGUCUGCAGAGCCUGCAAGAAGACCUUCCACUUCUACUGCCGCCUGAACGUGCUCAUGAAGCGUUGUGGGGUGGCCAGAGGGAGGCAAAUCCAGUGUCAAGAGUGCAGUGAGGUCAAAGCAACAAAGGAGGAGCUGGAGGAGCAUCAGCUGGAGGUCCAUGGGGUGGUGGGGACAGCCAAGAAGAAGAAGAAGUGGCUCCCCGUGGCGUGCAACAUCUGUGGCUGAGAGUUGGCUCGUGCCUCAGGGAUGCAGUACCACAAGCUGACCGAGCACUUUGAGAAGCCCUUCUCCUGUGAGGAGUGUGGGGCCAAGUUCACAGCCAACUCCACGCUGAAGAACCACCUGUGGCUGCACAGCAGGGACCAGCCCUUCACGUGCAAGCACUGCCUGAUGACCUUCAUGCAGGCCUCAGCACUUGCCUACCACACCAAGAAGAAGCAUGCUGAGGGAUGUUCCACCUGUAAAGUCAUGGCUUCAAACAUGGCCAUGUUUGAAGUUCAUCAGAAGUUGUACCUGAUGAGCACUGCUGGUGGUCACCCAUAG